UUAGUUGGGUAAAAUAAGCGGAGGGCCUCGUUUCAGUUUUGGUGGUGGAGAAGAGGCCAAGCAGAUGGGCGUAUACACCGUACAUCCCCGCUCAUUCCUUGCUCCAUUGUUAUUCCAUUGAUUUAAUAAAUGAAUUCAAAUAUCUAAACUGUUUAAAUUAAUUAAUUUUAGUACUGCAGUGCGGCUUCUCUUUGGAAAAAUUAUUUUAUACAGGGUACACAACGCAGCAGGCUCCAGUAAAAUGUCUAUGCUGCUGUCACGUAAAGGAUAUUGGGAAGUUAUUGAUAUAAAAUUAUGAGGGUUAUUAGAAAGUUAUUUGUAAUUUAGUAACAGAUUAUUAUGGGGGUUAAUGCAGUAAUUUAUUAAAAUAAAAUCACGAAAAAUUAUUUGGAGAUUAUUGGAGUAGAAUCUCGAAGGUUAUUGGGAAGUUUACUAAAGUCCGGGUAUAUUAGAGUCCGCACGAAAUAAAUACUCUAUGGAAUAAUUUCUCCUAUGUCGGCGGGGUUUAGCAUUGUAUUAUUUGUUUAUAUCUAUAAAUAUAAGUAAUUAAAUUGAGAUGCAGGUAUUUAUGUUGUGCUUGUUGGCGGGGUUGAGCAUCUGCUGGUUCAACACCGUCUGUUUUGUGCUGUGCAUACGAAACUUCUCCGCUACCCGCUGCCUCGCCCUCUCCCUCACUGUCAGCUUCAACGGCGUCAGCGCCGCCCUUUACACCCUUGUGGCCAAAGCCAUCAACGGUUCUCCUUCUUCCUACCUACUCCUCAACGCCCUCCUCCCCCUCCUCACCUCUCUCGCCGCCCUCAUUCCCAUCCUCCGCCAGCCCCCCCUUCCCUCCCCCUCCUCCAGCCGUCGUGACGUCCACAUCUUUUUCCUCCUCAAUGUCAUCGCCUUCCUCACCGGCGUCUAUCUCCUCUUCCUCAAUCCGGCCGCCCCCAACGCUGCCACCUCACGGCUCCUCCUGGCCGGCGCUCUCAUCCUCCUCGCCCUCCCCCUGGCCAUUCCAGGCAUCGUCGUAGCCCGAGACUGGGCUCUCCACAACAUCUACUCCAGCCAGCUGGAGGACGCUGAAGACCAAUACGACAUACAAAAGGAACUGAUCAUUCCCGGAGAUGGGGGGCUGGAAAACCGAGUCUUGGAGAUCAUCCCGGACGACAACGACUAUGGAUCUCUCUGCUGCUGCAGUAGUUGGUACAAUGAGUUGAUGGCGAAGGACCGGCUUGUUUUGCUCGGGGAAGAGCAUGGUGCCAAGAGUCUCAUCCACCGCCUCGAUUUCUGGAUCUAUUACAUGUCCUACUUCUGCGGUGGCACCCUCGGUCUCGUCUACAGCAACAACCUCGGACAAAUUGCGCAGUCACUGGGACGGACCUCCAUGCUCGUCAACCUCUACUCCUCCUGCUCCUUCUUCGGCCGCCUCCUCUCCGCCGCCCCGGACUUCCUGGGCCGGCGGUUCAAUUUUGCGAGAACUGGUUGGCUCGCUGCAGCGCUGGUGCCGAUGCCGCUGGCUUUCUUCCUGCUGGCGGCAUAUGCGGAGCCGGGCGACGGGCACGCUCUGCUUGUGGGAACGGCUCUGGUGGGGCUGAGCUCGGGGUUCAUUUUUGCGGGUGCGGUGUCAGCGACUUCGGAGUUGUUCGGGCCGGAGAGCUUCGGCGUGAACCACAACAUCGUCAUCACCAACAUUCCGCUGGGUUCGCAGCUCUAUGGCCUGCUCGCCGCCCUCGUCUACGACGCUAACGGAAGAGUAGUGGGCAGCUGGCACAUGACACAGGCCGUGGCGGCGAUGUUAGUUUGUAUGGGCCGACGCUGCUACUCCAAGACCUUUCUUGCCUGGGGCGCCAUUUCGACUUUCGGCCUAGCCUUUGCUAUCCUGCUCUACUUGAGGACGAGGGCGGCUUACAAUCGCGCUGCCCGCUGCGUCGGCCGGCGGCCGGUGCCUUGCAAUCGCGAAGAUCUCCGAUAGGUGUAUCUGUCCUGCUGGGGUUUAGCGGAUGACCACAGAUGCAGGUUUGUUUUUCAGUAGACACAUUAAUGUUAAUAUUCUGACUUCUGAUCAUACCCCCACAAUUGUAAAUAUAUUUCCCCAAAUUGAAAUACAAUCUAAAUUUCAUGGAAGUUUUUGUUAUACAUUUCGAUAAAGUGCAUGCCUUUA